AUGCACACUCUCGGAGAUAUGAGCACCACUACGGCAAAGGUCCUCGAGGGGAGUGAGAAUACAACCCCUGAAUCACCCGGAAUUUGCGCAAUGAGACUGACCGUCAGGAAUUGGCUCUCGCACGAGCGAUCGUUCCAGCUGGAUCCCUACUCAAACCUAGAACCAUUGGACUCUGACUUCGAUUACCAGAUUGAUUGGGUAAUGGACCUUGUGGAAUUCUCGUUCAAGCUCCCUCAUGACUACCCUGAUACACGAGAGGGGCUCCUUCGCAAAACCCAGCAGCUCAUUCAAGGAGCCAAUAUCCUCGGCAUGCGAACAACAUACACGGGAGAGUCGGAAGUGACCAUGGUCAAACAGGACUUGAAACGGAAAAUUCACCCGAGGAACUUGAAGAAAUGUCGAAAUCGCAAAUCCUAUAGUUUCGGGUGCAACCUCAACUGGAUUCGGCGUGCGGGACUUUGCUAUCUCCAGUUUGAAGUUGACUCCGAAGACCACUUGAUCGUGACGGUCGAUGAAAAUGAUGCUGAAUACCAAGGCACUGGAUUGGAUCCUGUCAGAGCUCUUGGUCCCCUCUUUCAAAGACUUACGACUAACUUUUAA